AUGUCAUCACCACCGUCAUCCAGAGGCGGCACACUGGUACACAACCUGUCCUCAAAGGAACUGACGAUGAAUCAAGUACAGGUUUUACGGCACGAAACCUCAUUCAACACAGCUGACGCCAAACUUGUCAACAUGAUUGCAGCAUUGGAAUCGGUCAUUAAUCUGACGAAAACGUUGGAGGAGACGAAGAACCUUAUCCGACACCAAGUGUCGUCCCUCCUUAUGACUCACAAGCCGCGCGAAAUACUCCCGAAGGUCGAACGCGAUGCACUAAGAGAACUCAAGGCCGACAAGGACAUCGUCAUCGUGCCCGCGGACAAUGGGCGUCCCACCGUCGUACUGGACAGAAAAGACUACCUUCAGAAGGCCAAAAACCUACUGGAGGAUCGCCAGUUCUAUGUCCCAUUUGAAACCAACCCCGUAAAGACCCUGACACGCGAAAUCAAAGCGACAUUGUUGGCACUGGAGAACUCGGGAGCCAAAAUACCGACCGACAGACGCAUGGCGAGUGCGCAAAAAACGGCCUUUGCCCGUUUGUAUGGUCUCCCCAAGAUGCACAAGGAGGGCGUUCCUCUCAGGCCCAUUUAUCCCUCAAACGCACUCUAA